AUGGGCGAAGAUGAAUCCGGUGAAGCGGACAUCAGUCAAGGUAGCGCAAAUUCAGCCGAAAACAGAAAGAAACGUAGAAGGACGGAUAAAAGGGAAGCCAACAUUCUUGCUUCCGUUUUCGAACAAAGCGCUUUUCCUGAUGUUGUAACGAGAGAAGCGUUAGCAAAUUCUUUGGGAAUGAGCACUCGUGCUGUUUCAAUCUGGUUUCAAAAUCGCAGACAAGCAAUGAAG